AUGCUCGCGAGCCCCAAGCGCCAAGUGCGUCCCAAGGUCUCUUCCGCGCUGCAAAUCGGCCCGAUGCUGCUGCCCGAGAUCCUCGAAGUCAUUUUCGAGCACCUCAGCGACAAUGUGACGCUCCGUGCGUUCCUCACAGCAUGGCCCGAGAAGCACCUGACGCUGCCGCUGCAAGCGCUUCGGCAGCUUCUUGGCCACACAACGAGCCAGCUCCGCGUCGCGUGGCCAAUCGUUCAUGUAUUAGAAGACAAUCUGGACGAACAAACAAUGGACUAUCUGUACGGGACGUUUCCGUUGUCGCCGCAGAUCCACAUCGAGUAUCAGCUGGGCGACGCGGCCGACCUCGACGACGUCCUUCAAGACUACGGUCCGUGUCUGGCGGCCCUUAAGCUCUACUCGUCGUUCGAAGACAUCGACGACGUCCGGGAGAUGCGCAGUUUGCUGCUCUCGGUGCCGCAUCUGCGCCGGCUCGAAGUCCACCUGAUCGACCGCAAUGAUGCGACGCAUGGGCUCUCGCUUCUGCUCCAAGUGCUCGAGCACCCAACACUGACGCACUUGACGCUGGCCAACGGCGAAGAUCCCGUCGAGCUUGACAUUGCCUUUUCGCACCAGCUGCUCAAGUGGCUCGAGACGCGCCGCGUCCAGCAUCUCUCGCUCGAGAACCUGUUUUUGGCCACGAACGCGGCGCUUCCGUCGGCCCUCAGCCGCGCGAUCGCCGAGAACAACCAGCUCCAAGCGCUGCACUUGCGGACCGUCAAUGUUUUCGAAAGCAGCGUGCUGCACGGCUACACCUUGCCAAACUCCGUCACGUCGUUCGAGUGGGAAGAGCUGAGUGCGUCGGACAGCAGUGCCAUCGACAACCUCGUCGCCGCCAUCCAAGAUGCACGGGCCCUGCGGCACUUGGCAUGGAAAAACGCCGUGCGACUCCUCACCGAUACGCGGGUACGCCGCGUGCUUUCCCAGCUCACAUCGCUGACCUUGCACAACGUCACGUCGAGCGAGAUGCCGGCGCUGGUCUCGGGCUUGCAGCACGUUCCGCACCUCCAGCACCUCACCUUGUGUCGGAACCUCGAAGAGCUGAGUGUUUAUGGCCAUCGGUUCACAGCCACAGAACUCGGUCUCUGGCUGGUCGCGGUGCUUCGCUGGCCGCAGCUGCGGUCGCUGGCGCUGGCGUCGCACCGAUGCUCGCUCCAGCAGUGCCUCUCGCUACUACCGGCCAUUGCUGCCGCGGCCAAGCACCUCACAACGUUGGAUUUGGCCAACGACGUGUGGUCGCUCGAUGAAAAGAACGUCUUUUGGCGAGAGCUCGCAACGGUUGCACGCGUCGAGAUUGCACCGUAA